ACUAAGAGGAAGGAUCUUAUUUACUGAUUCAGUGGAAGCUGUCGGGAAAGGUACAAGCUGACUUUUGUGAUGAAUUCCACUUAUGCAGUUUUGGUGUAUAAUUAAUAUAAAUUAUUAUUUAACCCAGUAAAACAAAAGAGGGAAAGAGAACGUGUCGGGUGCCGGUAUGACACAGCACAAGGACAAGAGAGCCGUGACCAGGGCUUGUACGGAUUUUCCCGUGUAUUUAAAUAAAGCGAAAGAAAAGCUGCUUGGCAUUCAUUUCAGAAACUAAUAAUAAUAAUAAAGCAGAAACACACUCAGCGCUGUGCAUACACAAUCCGUAGAAGCUGCAAUAUAUUCUUUAGAGAUAACAUAUUAAGCUGCAGAUUUUGGAAGAUGGACAGCAUCCCCAUUAGCUCGUUGGAGCUCAUCUGUCUGGGCUCCAGCGUCGCGUUAUCAGGACUCUUUUUCUACAUUUACAGGAAGAAAAGCAAAACUGUGGGCAAGCUAAAGGAUGCCCCAAAGUUGCCCCUUGACGAGCAGCUGGUUGCCAUCCUGAACGCCACACCAGGGAAGUGUCUGCGGUACGUUAUUAUUGAAGGGGCAGUGAAGCCGCUUGGGGAGCCACUCAGGAGCCAGUACCAGGAGAACUGCUUCGGAGUCAUCCAGAGACUCAUUCUGAAGGAACACAAGCUGGUGUGGAACAACAUCGCCCGCAGCUGGACGGACAGUGAGAAGACCCUGCACCAGCGGGUGUACACGGUGCCCUUUGACCUGGUGAUGGCCCAUGCUGGUGGAUUGGUGGGGGGGUCCUCAGUCCGGGUCCUCAGCCCCCUGGAGGCGUCCAGCCUGCACCUGGAGGUUGUGCACGAGAAGUUUCACCAGGCGAUGCACGGCUUUAGCGAGAUCAUUGGGCACUACCUGAGUGGGGAGAAGCCCAAGGGGGUGCUGGAGACUGAGGAAAUGGUGAAGGUGGGGACUGCGCUGACCGGCGUGGGAGAGCUCAUCCUGGACACAGACGGCGUGGUCAAGCUGCGGCCGCCCAGCGAUGGCUCUGAGUACUUCCUGAGCCCCUCGGACUUCGAGAGCCUGCUGGAGGAGCAGAAGAGCCACGCUGGGGUCUGGCGGCUUCUGGCAGCGCUGUGCGGGCUGGCUGGGGCUACGCUUCUUCUGGUGGUGGCCUGGAGGCACUACAAGAGACUGCAGGAGAAGCGAGAGAGAGAGGAGAGGCGCAGGGAGUUCGAGAGAAUGAGUCUGGGAGGGCUGGAGGUCAGGCAGUCAGCAGGAGAGGAGGAAGAGGAGGGGGAUGGAGAGAUCAUGGAGAAUGCCUGUGUGAUUUGCCUGUCCCGGCCCCGCGACUGCGUGCUCCUCAACUGCGGACAUGUCUGCUGCUGCUUCAUGUGCUACCAGGCACUGCCCUCCCCAAACUGCCCCAUCUGCCGGAGCGCUGUGUCCAGGGUGGUGCCUCUCUACCAGGCCUGACCCCGGUCUAUGUACACACAGUGUAUUUUAUUAAUUAAUAUUAUUCGUGAAGUGCCUUUUUUGUCAAUGAAGUGUGAGUUGUGUGGCCGAGGUGACUGGCAGUGGGGUUGGGUACUGUAAGAAGCUGCAUCUUCAUCGUAAGUGUGAAACAUCAAUUCCGUGGCUUAGGGGCUCAGCACACUAUGGUUUUGCCUUCCCUCGGGCAGAGACUCUGCUCUGGAGCCACUGCUCCUCCCAUUGGGCUGUGAGAUCAGAACUCUGCUCACAGCUCUGAAGUACGCUUGGGCAUGACGGUGGUCAUUCCAUUAGCUUUAAUGGGAGCAUUGUCUGUCACAGUAUGCAGUACAGAGUAGGAUUAAAGUAGCUGACAUGCUUUUUCAUGGCAGAGAGCAUUAAUAAUAAAACUGAAAGUGCCUUUUGACUUGGUGGAGCUGAAAGCCCGGCAUCGGCCACAAGACCCCUCAGCUCUGCAGUUUGGACAGCCCCACAGUGACAUGCUGUGUGCACGGAGGAGAGCAGGAGUGACAUUGUAACAGUUGAUCCUGACAUCUCAGCUCCAACCCAAUGCCAUACUGCGCAGUAAACUUUUGCCCACCAGAUGUCACUGUGUGCCUCUACCAGGCCCUCUGUGUUCAGGGGUUUCACUUCAUGUCUUUACGAAUAAUUCAAACACGGGGGAGUGGUUACUUCAAUCUGGUGUAUUCUGCUGUAAAAUAAAAGGUAUCUUGAA